UCCAAGCCAGAUCGUUGGCCCUAAACCCCACUGAGGACGUUCGUCGCUUUUACUCAACAUUCGUUCAAGUCUCUCCGGUGUGAUAAAAAAGAAGAUCAUUUCAGUGUUUAAACGAGAUCAACACGUUCGCGCAAUCGGAAGCAGGAUAUUGGUCUGAGGUGUGAAAGAGGAGAGCAUAAAUCAUAAAACACACUCUCUGCUGAACACGAGAGUAAGGUGGAAAAUUGGACUACCUACAUCAAAAGAGUGAUGAUAAUUUGAGUGCGCCGGCAGCGAUGGACCACUACUCGACGGUUGGAUUGGAUCGCAUUAGCGGCUACGGGCUGACGGUGAUGGAAGGCUAUUUACCGAAUUACUCAACCGAUGCGUCCCUGUACCGCAGCUUCAGUUCCUCGGGCGACACAAGCCCAUCGUUCACGGGUCAUGAUGCGAGUGUCAAUUAUGGGUUGUCUUCAUUCACGGAAAUGAUUAUCGACAGCGAAAGCUUCGUUCCGGUUCAGGCAACAACGACGGCAGCGGCGACGACAAAACAUGAUUACCUGGAUCAGCGACUGUUGGAUACCCAAAACCAGCAACCAAUUACCCCCGUUCCCGCAAAUGACCCAAUUAAACCACCGAAAGCACGUGCUAAUAAAAACAAACGACGGAAUCCAGAGCCCGCUGCUGGCUCCAAGUGCCCGAAAAUCUCGAAACUAGAUCAAAACACCGCAAAAAAUAAUCCCAUCACGCCUCCGAGUCCGACCGUCAUGAAGAAAAGGCGCCUCGCGGCCAACGCAAGGGAACGAAAACGGAUGAAUAGCUUAAAUGUAGCGUUUGAUAAAUUGCGGGAAAUCGUUCCAACGCUGGGGCCGGAUCAUAAGCUGUCCAAAUUUGAAACUCUACAAAUGGCGCAGACAUAUAUCAAUGCGCUAAGUGAUUUACUCGAGAGAGGUGCCGACGAGACUACCUACAGUUUGUUCGACAGCAGCAGUCCGGAAACGGCAAGUGAUAGUAACAAUAACCAUGAUCAAGAUGGGCGCUUCGAGAUUCAAAGGUUCUAUGAAGUGGAUUUCCUGUAAAAGAAGACCAUAGUUUUAGGAAUGUGCACCAAAUGUAGAAUAAGUUCCGAACAAAGCCAAAUCUAGUCUUAAGGUGAAAUUGGUGAAUCUCAAAAGAGUUGGGACAUUGAUUCAUAUCAAUUUUAUGCUUAAUAAAAUAGUUUAAAAGCAG